AUGGCAGAUGAAGCUUCACAAAGUCUAAGUCUGAAGGUCCUGGUGGAUGAAGAAACAAAUCGAGUUGUUUUUGCCGAGUCCGAUCAUGGUUUUGUUGAUGUUCUCUUCAGCUUCAUGAGUAUGCCUAUUGGAACCUUUAUUAGAAGCACCCAUGAACAAGCAUCAAAAUGGGAGAUUGGUUGCAUGAACAACUUAUAUGAAAGUAUCGAGAAUCUCGACGAUACACAUCUGCUAAGUGCAGAGUGCAAGGACAUGCUGCUACGUCCCCGUAGUGCUGCCGAAAUUUAUUGCAGAAACCUAAAACUAAAUUUUGUUAAUUGUACUACUAGUAAUAAUGAGUACUAUGGAUGCAGAUGUGGGAGAACAGAAUGCACUUUGUUUCCUUACCCAACUGCUCAUUGCCGUUGUGGAAGCCCCAUAAAAUAUAUGGUGAAACUGGAAAAUAGUAGCUCUGUUCCUCCAGUCGGAGGUGUUUUUGUGAAGCCCACCUCUCGUUUCAUGAUAACUGAUGACUUUCAAGUAUUGCCGUUGUCCACGAUGACUGUCCUAACCUUGCUUAAAGAGCUUGGAGUUGUGGAUGGAACCACAAUAAAACAGAGGUGUAUAAAGAUAGGCAACGAUGAGGUUCUGAAGAUGCUCAAGGCUUCAUUAACAUCUAUGGCACCUUUUUCUGAGACUGUCUUGGAAACAGAAGACAAUAAAACCAGUGUUGCAGUUGGUGGUGAAGAAUUUAGUCCAAGAAUUACCACAAAUGAAUCUAGAAGGGCCAUGGACACAACAAGAAGCAACGAGGCAAAGAUAGAUUUGAAACUCAUCAUCAACAAAUGUAACAACAGGGCAUUGUAUGUUGAAGCCAGGGAAGAUUUUGUUAAUCUCAUCAGCAGUUUUCUCACCGUUCCACUUGGUUUUGUAUUUAAAGAAUUUCCAAGUUUGUCGUUGAGGGGAUGCUUGGCUAACUUAUACAAGAGCAUCCAGGCACUUGAUGUUGACGAAUUCCUGAAAUCUGAGGAAAUGAAGGAAACUCUAAUCAAUCCAAAGCUGGCUCCUGGAAUAGCUUGCAAUAAGCAGCUCAUCCCCAUCGAGGAAGCUUUGUAUCCGUCGCGGCCAACCAUUACUUCUCUUACUUCUCUUGUUGAAAGAACUUGUUCUAAUUUUAAAGUAGCUUCAACUGGCGAGAGAUUCGUGAAAGGGCCGUCAAAGUACAUGGUGACGGACAAUUUGACCAUAACACCUUUAUCUCUAGUCUCUGGCUUAUCUCUUAUUAACAAACUUAAUAUUCCCAUUAGUGACAUUGUAGAACGAGAAGUAACCAUUAGUGAGGAGGAGGCUUUGCGUCUACUAGAGGCUGCUUUGGUAUCGAGAUCUGCUCUGACUGAUGCUUUAAUACUGAAGGAACCAAAACAAGAACCAAAAGCUACAAAUCUUGUGACUGAUGUGACAGAAGCUUGUCUAGGGUUAUUUCUGUUUAAUGAUUAUUAUGUUGUUGCCGAGUCCAGCAGUUUCCAAAAAGAGAUUGAAGGUCCGUGGCAAGUGAAAUUUGAGCUUGAAAUCCAAUGUCUCUUGCUGGUGGUAGUUUUUGGUUAA